AUGAUGGGGGCAGCCUCACAGACGAAGCGCGUAGCCAACGAAGAAGGCACGAUCGCGGACGUUUUCACGACCCUAGGUGGUAGUGAAAUUGCACCACUUCCAGAUCGUUUCGCUCAGUUGAAGAAGGACGUGCUCAUCGAGAUGGGCGCGACCAAUGCAAGCAUUGUGCAAGCCUGGAAAGAGGUCCUGGCUGCGUUGGAAGAACGAACUGAGGAGAUUGUCAGGCUAGGGGGAAAAGCCAUUCCCCGCGUGUCGUUCACUGACAUUGAACGUGGUUUGUCUGACGCUCAAAAGGAAGACGUCAAGAAAGCUGGUGUUGUCGUAGUCACCGGCGCAGUGCCAAGAGAGGAAGCGUCACAGUGGAAAGCAUCGGUGAAGGAAUAUAUCGCCGCAAACCCCGUCAAAGGCUUUCCAGCGCACGAUAUCCAAGUAUACGAGCUCUAUAACAGUAAACCACAAAUCGCGGCGCGUACUCAUCCAGCCAUUCUUCGUACUCAGCAGGAGCUCCUCCAGCUUUGGCACGACCCAUCGGAUAAGCACGUCGACUUUAGUACCCCUAUUAGUUAUUUCGAUCGCUUGCGCAUUCGUACUCCUGGUGACACCUCGUUUUCAAUUGGCCCUCAUAUCGACGGUGGCAGUGUUGAGCACUGGGAGGAUCCUGCAUUCCGUAGGGUUUUCCGUCGAAUCUUAGAAGGCGGAACGGGUUGGAGAUCAUACGACCCAUUUGACGUUUCCUCGCGCAUGAACGCAACGCAUAAUUUAUACAGCGCAUCGAAUCAAUGUUCCGUCCUCCGUUGUUGGCAGGGAUGGACCUCACUUUCCACGACCGGCGUCGGCGAGGGUACACUUCGCGUACUUCCGAUGCUCUCCCUCGCAACGGCGUACAUAAUUCUUCGUCCUUUCUUCCGUCUUGGCCCUGCGGGUGGCGAGUGGGAGCUGGACUUAGAUAGCAACUCGUUUCCAGGUAGCGUGCUAGGGAAGACACAGGAAUUUAACGAAGAAACACACCCUCAUCUGAGACUCGGCGAGACCAUGACGAGCAUUCCGGAGGUCCAGCCUGGUGAUCAGGUUUACUGGCACUGCGACGUCGUACAUGCUGUUGAAAAGAUUCACGGUGGUCAACAGGAUUCGUCAAUUCUCUACAUUCCUGCAGUUCCGCUUUGCCUCGAAAACGCAUCAUACCUUCGGGACCAGCGAGCUAAUUUCGUGCACGGUCUUCCCUCACCUGACUUCCCCGGAGGCUCGGGCGAAUCUACAUUCACAGGACGAGCUACACUGCAGGAUAUCACCACUAGGCAAGGGCGUCAGGCUAUAGGCCUCGAGCCAUUCGUAUCAAAGGGCGUCGGAAACGACGAGCUUGUCGAUGCAGUGAAUCGUGCGUUGUUUGGUUAA